AGCAUGAGCUGCACUGUUAGGAGUAGUUUCAAUAGUGGGUUUACUACUGUUAGAUAAUGAGGUCGUUGCAAGGACACCACUAGAAUUGCUUCCAUCGCGGCAAGAAAAAAUGGGUGAAGAAAAGAGCGGUGCUUGUUUGGAAGAUUUGAUCUUUCAACAUUUUCCGGUUGAAGAGCUGGAUUCUGUCUGGGUCUAUGGUUCUGCAGCUUUUCCCCAACGCACAGAGCAGCAGGACUUGGCAGAAGCUCGCCAGACGACUACGGCGAAAGACGCUGCAACUAAUACAAGAACAUCUUCAACAUCAUCUUCUUCCACCUCUUCCAAGCCACCUCAACUGGACUUAAUUUUUGUAACGCGCGACUCGUCUGAGGCUUUUCACAAGAAGAAUGUGGAGAGAAAUCCUCAUCACUACAACAUUCUCCGACAUGCGCCGACUAGUGUCCUCGGACGCAUUACCCGGAGUGGACCAGGCGUCUACUUCAAUGCCUUUUGUCAAUUAGACCCCGUUGUUGUGCCUUCUUCAGCUGCAGAAACAAGGACGGUGGAUGUGGAACAAGGAAGAGGAGAAGGAGAAGAGACAGGAGGAAUUGUAGUAGAGUCAUCUUCUUCUGACGUAGCUUUAGAGGCUAAUCCGUGCACAUCAAAGGAUGAAAUACGUGUUGAAACAGAGAGUACCACGACCACAGCGUCUUCAGCUGCAGGUGCAGGUGCAGCAAGCCCCCUAAUGGACAAGGAGGUGAGGUCCUCUAUCGAGGAGACUGCACUGCAAGGCCACGUAAAAGAGAGCGAGGCACCAGCUGCUCGUUCUACGGAUAGUACAACCUCCACAGCAUGCAGUGAAGCGCCUGCUUCUCCUCCAGAUGACACCUCCACUGUAAGCCAAACCUCAACAGAAACUUCUCUAGUCCCUGUAGAGAACGAAAUCGCGACCGUCGACCGCGAUUUAGAGACCAUCGAUGAGUUAGCGCGUAUGCGCUUAGAGAUUUUAGAACGGGAGAAGCUCUUGGAGCGUCUCUCUUGGGAAGAAGACACGGAUCCAAAAGAGUUGCUAGCGGAAUUCCGUCAAUAUGCUAGAAAAGUAGUGCCUCCAAGCUGUGCCGGAACGAAAUGGAACAUGAGUGACAUGCAGGUCCCGGUAGCGAGACGACUGGGAGGAAAUGCAGAUGCAGAUGCCCCUGAAACUACACCAGAUCUUUCAGCUGACAAAAGCGGAGAUGACACACCGACGAAAGAGCAGGAGUCAACUUCUCAAGAGAAGACAUCUUCUAGUGAUGUUGAAGAAGCUUCCUCCUCUUCUGAAGAUGAGGCGGACCACGAGGAGUAUGUUCGAGCUUUUCGAGUUCUCAAUGAAAGCACGGUUGGAAUUAUAGUUGGAGACGCUGAUACCGCACUUUCCUCCGAAGAUACAAGUCUCUUCACUGCGCGCACAGAAAAAGGAGGCACUACUACGCCAGCCACUUCAUCUGUUGACCAUGUCGCAGUGGAUGAUCCUGUCGAGAAGAAGAUGAAACGACAGAAGGAGAGCUCGCAAGAACUACAAACUACCCAGUCAACAACUCUGCCUUCCCCUCCUACGCCAUCUUCUUCAUCGUCGUCUUCUUCCUUUUCUUCAUCGUCUUCUUCCUCACCUCAACGUCCAAUUACCGUCAAAUAUGGCGUCGUCGAAAAAGGAUCCCUCUUCGAGGACCUGCGCUCGUGGCAACACUUGUAUCUCGCUGGUCGAGCCCAAAAGCCUUUAUUCCG